AUGGUUGAUGAAGGAACUAGAAAGACCCUCAGUAGCAUCCCUUUACUGAAAACCAAAGCAGGUCCUAGAGAUAAGGAAUUAUGGACAACUAGGUUAAAAGAAGAAUAUCAAGGUCUUAUUAAGUAUGUCCAGAACAACAAAGAAGCAGAUAAUGACUGGUUUAGACUAGAAUCUGAUAAAACAGGUACAAAGUGGUUUGGCAAAUGUUGGUACAUCCAUAAUCUGUUGAAAUAUGAGUUUGAUCUUGAAUUUGAUAUUCCAAUUACAUACCCUACAACAGCACCAGAGUUAGCACUACCAGGUUUAGAUGGUAAAACAGCUAAGAUGUACAGAGGUGGUAAAAUCUGUCUGACAGACCACUUCAAACCAUUAUGGGCAAGAAAUGUACCACGCUUUGGAAUUGCACAUGCAAUGGCACUUGGGUUAGGACCAUGGCUAGCUGUGGAGAUACCAGAUUUAAUUGAAAAAGGAAUCAUAAAAUAUCAAGAGAAGUCUGAAGAUUCCAAGUAA